UAAAUCAAGGAGGGGGACACCAGUUAUUGGUCAAGAAACCUCUUAAUAGCCACUUACACAUUUCGUCGGUAAUCACAUGUUGAUGCAACCAGCAAUGUAGUCAAGAUUUGUAUUAUUAUUUUGUUACCUACAUAAAAUCAAAUGGCAGUGAUUAGCUGUUGUUCGAGUCAUUUUUAUUGGAAAAAAAAUACAGUAGGUAUGUAAGUUUAGUAUUUCUUAUUAGUGCUUUACCGUCAGCGGUGUUUACACAUUCAAAUCAAACGUGCGCUAAUGACCGCAUAAUGGCCAGCGAAUUUCAAAACGGUCCAGACCAAAUCUUACCAGCGGAAGACUCCACCACAACCAGUCCAGAUGUCCCCGUGCGUCUCCGCAUCCCGGAAACUGGAAAAGCGAUUGAAACCACUCCUCCGGUCUCAAUCCCCGGACUUCUCAAACGCACCGCUACCGACUUUCCCGACCAUCCUGCACUAGCAUACAAGGCCGAGGGAAAAUGGAACAAGAUAACAUACAAGGAAUACUACGAGCUAGUGCGAACCUGUGCUAAAGCUUUCAUCAAGCUGGGCUUAGAAAGACACCAUGCCGUCUGCAUCCUGGGCUUUAAUAGCCCGGAGUGGUUCAUUUCAGAUCUUGCCGCAAUUUUCGCAGGGGGAAUAGCUGUGGGGAUUUAUACAACGAAUUCGAGCGAAGCGUGCUUUCAUUGCGCGAAUCACAGUCGAGCGAAUAUUAUUGUCGUACAGGACCAAAAACAACUCGAAAAAAUUCUUGCAAUAAAAUCGCGAUUACCGCACCUGAAAGCCAUCAUUCAAUACGAGGGCACUCCCACAAGUGCCGAUGUUAUCAGCUGGGAAGAUUUAUUAAUAAUCGGGAGAGAUCAGGAGGACGAAGAUCUGGAAAGAGUCCUUAAAACUAUUGGAGUUAACGAAUGCUGCACUCUCGUCUAUACGUCUGGCACCGUGGGUAAGCCCAAAGCCGUGAUGCUAAGUCACGAUAACUUAACAUGGGACGCGCUGUCGAUCUGUGAGCGUCUGGACGUGAAAAAGGGCGAAGAAGUGAUUGUUAGUUACCUCCCUUUGAGCCAUGUGGCGGCCCAAGUCACCGAUAUUUACAUAGCAAUGAUGUAUGCAGUUUGUAUUUACUUCGCCGACGCGAAUGCUCUUAAAGGCUCGCUGAUAAACACUUUGCAAGAAGCCCAGCCGACGAAAUUCCUGGGUGUUCCGCGAGUCUGGGAAAAAAUGCACGAAAAAAUGAUGCAAGUCGCCGCGCAAAAUGGUCGAGUUAAGAAGAGUUUGGCUUCGUGGGCCAAAAGCCAGGCUUUACACUACCACCUUAACCGAAUUAAAGGGUACGUUGGGACUAACUCAACCAUUUCCCCAAUGCUGGGUUUUAGGGUCAAUGGGAGCGGUUGGGGUUAUUGUCUAGCCAGUUCUCUCAUUUUUAAGAAAGUUAAACAAGCCCUGGGCUUGAGUCGGUGCACGUUGUUUGUCUCAGCGGCUGCACCUCUCGCUGCCGACAUCAAGCGAUAUUUUCUGAGCAUCGAUAUGCCAAUCAUGGAGGCUUUUGGCAUGUCGGAGGCGAGUGGGGCACACACCAUGUGCAAUAUGGGGUCGUUCGGGCUGGAAACGAUAGGAAUGGCACUCCCGGGGAUGAAGACCAAAAUUUUGAACCCCGAAGACGGGCAAGGGGAGAUCUGUAUGAACGGACGCCAUGUCUUCAUGGGGUACUUGGGCGAUAGGGAGAAGACAGACGAGGCUAUCGACUCUGAGGGGUGGUUGCAUUCGGGGGAUUUGGGCCGAAUUGACGAAAACAAUUUUAUUUAUAUUACGGGGCGUUUGAAGGAACUUAUCAUUACAGCAGGGGGUGAAAAUAUACCACCAGUGCCCAUCGAACAGCUGGUCAAAUCGGAGUUGCCCCACGUCAGUAACGUGUUUCUUGUUGGGGAUAAACGAAAAUUUCUGUCGGUUUUAUUGACUUUCAAAACCGACGUUGAUUCCGACACUGCUAGGCCUUUGGAUACCUUGCUACCCUCCGUUCAAGAUUGGUUAAAAAGUUUAGGGUGCCCGGCUAAGACCGUCACUGAGGUUCUUGAAGCGGGGCCCCAUCCCAAACUGUUGGAAGCGCUCAAAGAAAGUAUUGAUCGGGUUAACCAACAAGCCGUUUCCAACGCCCAAAGAAUACAGAAGUUGUCGAUACUUCCAGUCGAUUUUUCGGUAGCUACAGGGGAAUUAGGACCGACAAUGAAAGUCAAGAGGAACGUCGUGGCCGCGAAAUAUGCAGACAUAAUUGAAAAAAUGUAUGCCUAAACUGUCGUUUAAUAAAGUGUUUGGAACA